UCCAAUCGUAAAAUGUCAGGUCUUUCAUUCACAAAAUCUACUCUGACAAGAGGCAAAGAUGAAGUUUAUGUGGCAGCAGUGGCACUAAGAGCUACGAAGGGAGCAGCCCAGCUUUUCAUGUCUGCUGCUUACUCCCUCAGCGUCUGGGAUUUGCAGCAUUUCAUGGUCAUCAUUAAACCCUCUUCUCCUCCUCUCAAUUCCCAGGCCAUUGCUUUCGAUUUUCAACCAGAAGAUCCAGAGGACAUAUACACAGCACUUGCUGUUCUAUCUGGUAGAGCAGUACCAGGUGUUGUUCUUACGAGGAAGUUAAGGAAGCUGCCGAGGAGCAGGUGUUGGUUUGUUGGAUAUAGUGAAGGGGAUGCUGUUGAUAAAGCCUAUGAGUUCAGCAACACAUGGGAUGCUGAUUUAAGAGUUGGGCUUCAUGACUGUCGACAUUAUACUAAUGGAUUGGUUGAGCAGCUGACUGGUGAAAAACUUGUGUUGGAGCAUUUGAGGAUCACUGGUGGGCAGAGCUAGGUCACCUUACACGAUCAUAAGCGAUGAUCUGUAUGGUGUUGAAGGACCAUUUGUCGAUACAUUAAUCAUAAUAAACAUCAUGGUGUCUAGGUUGUGAAAUAAGGACGGAUGCAAGAUUUUAUGAUAUAAGGUA